CAUGCUCUAUUUAACCAUCCCUACCAUAUUUCUUCUGAAUGCACCAUCCCGAGUUCAUCAAUGGACUGGAUAGACUUUCUCAUCUUUUGUUCUACGCUUAUCUUUCUCCCUAUAUGGUGGCGAUACUGGUCGGUCACCGGCGGUGGACCAAAGAAUCUCCCGCCAGGACCACCAGGUUGGCCACUGGUAGGCAACUUGUUCCAAGUAAUCCUCCAACGCCGACCUUUUAUCUAUAUUGUACGUGAUUUACGUGCAAAGUAUGGUCCGAUCUUUACCAUGCAAAUGGGCCAACGUACUCUUGUUAUUGUCACUAGUUCUGGCCUCAUCCAUGAAGCCCUAGUCCAAAGAGGUCCUACCUUCGCUAGCCGUCCACCUGACUCUCCGAUUCGAUUAGUGUUCAGUGUUGGAAAAUGUGCCAUCAACUCCGCCGAAUACGGCCCUCUCUGGCGUACUCUUCGCCGGAAUUUUGUCAGUGAGGUCACAAGUCCGAUGAGAAUCAAGCAGUGUCGCUGGAUAAGAGAAUGGGCAUUUGAGAAUCACAUGAAAAGAAUAAAAAGGGAAGCUCUUGAAAAUGGCUCCGUGGAGGUAAUGAGUAACUGUAGGCUUACCAUAUGUAGUGUUCUAAUAUGUAUUUGUUUUGGAGCAAGAAUCUCUGAAGAAAGGAUCAAGAAUAUAGAAGCUGUAUCAAAAGAUGUUAUGCUAAUGACAACACCAAAGCUACCCGAUUUCAUGCCCGUUCUUGCUCCUUUCUUUCGCAGGCAAAUGAAAGUUGCUAAAGAAUUGAGAAAGAAGCAAAUGGAAUGCCUGGUUCCAUUAAUAAGAAAUAGAAGAGCCUUUGUAGAGAAAGGUGAAAAUCCCAACUCAGAAAUGGUGAGUCCAGUUGGUGCAGCUUAUAUAGAUUCUCUGUUUGAGCUAAAACCAGCAGAGAGAGGUCCAUUAGGAGAGCAGGAAUUUGUCACGUUGUGUUCAGAGGUGGUCAGUGCAGGCACUGACACUAGUGCAACAACCAUUGAAUGGGCUCUGCUGCAUUUGGUGCUAAACCAAGAGAUUCAAGAAAACUUGUACAAGGAAAUUGUUGAUUUUGUAGGUAAAGAUGGGCUGGUUAAAGAAGAACAUGUUGAGAAAAUGCCUUAUCUUGGAGCAAUAGUCAAAGAAACUUUCCGACGACAUCCGCCGAGCCAUUUCUUGUUAUCUCAUGCUGCAACGAAGGAGACACAACUCGGUGGCUAUACAAUUCCUGCGGGUGUUAAUGUGGAGCUUUAUACGGCAUGGGUAACUGAGGAUCCGGAUGUAUGGAAGGAUCCGGAUGAGUUCCGACCCGAGAGAUUCUUGAAUGGCGAUGGAGUUGAUGUGGAUGUGACUGGCACUCGUGGAGUGAAGAUGGUGCCUUUUGGUGCCGGACGGCGUAUUUGCCCGGCGUGGAGUCUUGGUACGCUACAUGUCAAUUUGUUACUUGCUAGGAUGGUGCAUGCUUUCAAGUGGUUACCGGAUCCGACUUCUCCACCCGACCCGACUGAGACUUUUGCAUUCACUGUUGUUAUGAAGAAUCCUUUAAAGGCUUUGAUGUUGCCUAGGUGAAUUGAAGCCUUCACUUCAAUAUUGCUUGCUUUAAUUAAGUAAAGAAGUGUCUACUUAAUUAUUUCCUUUCUUAUCUUAAUUAUUUAAUAAAAAAGUAUUCACUUCUUAGAUUAUAUUUUA